AUGGUGAUGAGUUUCCGAGUCUCAGAUCUUCAGAUGUUGCUGGGUUUUGUUGGCAGGAGUAAAAGCGGACUUAAACAUGAACUAGUCACCAGAGCAUUGCAAUUGGUCCAAUUUGACUGCAGCCCCGAAGUUUUCAAGAAAAUUAAGGAGCUCUAUGAGACUCGCUAUGCCAAAAAGAGCUCUGAAGUCGCGCAGCCUCAGCCGCAGCAGCACCGGUCUCCCGAGGCACUCUCCAUACAUUCAUCGUACGACCGUGGGAGCACCGUUGCUCGGACUUCUAUCUCCACUACUAAUAUUGACUAUCCUGCGCUCUAUGGGAAAUAUCUUAACGGACUGGGAAGGUUGCCGCCCAAAGUUGCGAAGCCAGAAGUUCGGCUGGUGAAACUUCCCUUCUACACAACCCUGGAUGAACUGUUGAAGCCGACAGAAUUAGUUCCACAGAAUAAUGAGAAGCUUCAGGAAAGUCCGUGCAUUUUUGCAUUAACAGCAAGACAAGUGGAGUUGAUCAGAAAUUCCAGGGAGUUGCAACCUGGUGUGAGAUCGGUUCAGGUUGUGCUAAGAAUCUGUUACACAGACACUAGUUCUCCUCAGGAGGAUCAGUACCCUCCGAACAUUGCCGUGAAAGUGAACCAUAGUUACUGCUCAGUGCCGGGUUACUAUCCAUCAAAUAAACCUGGAGUGGAACCUAAAAGGCCGUGUCGUCCCAUCAACCUCACCCAUCUCAUGUACUUGUCUGCAGCGACCAAUCGCAUCACCGUUACCUGGGGGAAUUACGGGAAGAGCUAUUCCGUGGGGCUGUACUUAGUGCGGCAGAUGACCUCAGCAGAGCUGCUGCAGAGGUUGAAAACCAUUGGGAUCAAACAUCCAGAGCUCUGCAAAGCGCUUGUAAAAGAGAAGCUGCGCUUGGAUCCAGACAGUGAAAUUGCUACUACAGGUGUUCGUGUCUCUCUUAUCUGUCCGCUAGUGAAGAUGCGGCUGUCUGUCCCGUGCCGGGCGGAGACCUGUGCACAUCUGCAAUGCUUUGAUGCAGUCUUCUACCUACAGAUGAAUGAGAAAAAGCCCACAUGGAUGUGCCCUGUGUGUGACAAACCAGCACCCUAUGACCAGCUAAUAAUCGAUGGGCUGCUGUCAAAGAUCCUGACGGAAUGUGAAGAUGCGGAUGAAAUAGAGUACCUGGUGGAUGGCUCCUGGUGUCCCAUCCGAGCUGAGAAGGAGCGGAGCUGCAGCCCUCAGUGUCCAAUAUUAGUUCUAGGUUCUUCAGAUGUGAAUGGGCUGUUGCCCACUCCGAACGGUAACGGUGAGAACGGCAAGGCCACUGCUGACGUUGUGGAUUUAACACUGGACAGCUCAUCAUCGGAGGAAGAGGAGGAGGAAGAUGAGGAAGAAGAUGACGAUGAUGAGGGACCCCAACCAAAACGACGCUGCUCUUAUGAGAAAGGUUUAGUUUCUGCCUGCUGACUGCGGAAGCAGCUCUGAAUCUCAGAACGGACAGACUUGAAUACUCUGGUGCUUAUUAAAC